ACUCCCCAUCAGAUUUUCAACACUACGAAAACCUAACAUUUUUUCGGGACUCUCGGAACUCGAAGAAAGAAAAUUGAAAAAAAAGAUACACACACACAGAACUAGAGAGAGCAGCCGCCACCCUCAACGAACUCCAGCAGCGGCGCCACCCAAUUUCACCGGGAACAGCCGCACCACCAACCCUCUUUCCGUCAUUAAUUCGCCGGAAACACACACAACAUCAGGGUGUCCAUUCGCGGUUUGCAGUCUCCGCUCGAGGUUCGGGUGCCGUUCUUGCUUGCCGAUUUUAUUUUUCAAUCAAGGUCUUUGCAACGAAAGAAAGCUAGCUGCAAAUGGAGUUUUGCCCAGAUUGUUCAAUGUUACUGCAGUAUGAGUUGCCUCAUAUGGAUCGUCCAGCCAGAUUCUUUUGCCCUUCGUGCCCUUUUGUAUGUAACAUAGAGACCCGGCUUAAGCUGAAGAAAAAGCAAGCUUUGGUAAAGAAACAAAUGGAUCCAGUGAUUUCGACAGAUGACAUGGAGAAUGCUUCAACAGCUGAAGUGCCGUGUCCAGCGUGUGGUUACAGGGAAGCAGCAUAUUAUCAAGUGCAAAUAAGAUCAGCAGAUGAGCCCAUGACUACAUUUUACAAAUGCAAGAAUAAGAUGUGUGGCAACAAUUGGAGAGAAGACUAAAAUGGUUUAGGACAACUGUAUCCUUCAAUAGUUUGCUGGGAUAAUUUCUCGAUUUGUGCGUAUAAUCCUUGUGCAAGGGCCAUGCUAAUCUUCUGUGCAUCAUUCCAAUUUUGUCGGAUGUCCCCAGAGACACAUGCAUCCUUCAAUAGUUGUGUACUCUAAAAUCCAAACUUCGGUCCCAAGGGUUCAAUUUGAACUUGUUGCUAGGAAUUUGUCAUAAUGCUGUUAUAAGCUAUGUUGCGCGGACUCUCCAAAAUACCGCCGCACCCAUGUUGGAUCCUCUAAAAAUACGCUAAUUUUGGAGGAUCCGGCACGCACCCAAUGAUAUUUCUGAAGAGGCCGUACAACAUAGGUUAUAAGGUGCUGAUGUGGUGCUUAACUGCUAGGAUUUUGUAGUACUUUCCAAUGGAACAAUUACUGUUAUGGACUAAAUUAAAUUGUAGUACAACAGCAAAAUUUGUAGAUUACAGGAAUUUUUGCUCUAACUAUAGUAAUCUGACUCUGAUUCUCAUUGUACUAAGUUCUGUUCGAGACAGUCCAAUGUGCUUGAGAAGAGGCUUUUAAAGUA